AUGGAAUUCGCUCCGUCCGAGCAGUUUUCUAAAAGCGAGUUCAAAGACUCUGAAGAGGUACUGCGAUGGCUUCGAUCACAUGAAGAGGUCGUCACAUGGGAUCUGACAGAUGAUAAUUUCGAAUCCCGGACAGAUUCACAUUCACCAGACGAGGGAACCCUCGACUGGCUUCGAGGUUUAGUGCACGUCGGCAAGGUUGAGACUUCGGUGAACGAUGACGUCACUGAUCGGUUUCACAUCGAUGAAAACGAAUGCCCAACGUUUUUACUGGUGCCGGAGCCGCCGACUGCUAUAGAGCAUGUGUAUGAAUAUACCAAGGAAAAAAUCUUGGACGUUAUGACAUCAAUGCCAUAUCGUUUCACGGGUCUUCGUAUUCUAGUCGAUCGUCGCAUUGAUAGUUCUGGAGAGCACGGUAGAGCGGUGUUGACGUCCAAUAACGUGAUGUCUGAUCCAGUAUCGAGAAGGAAUUUGACAGAGUAG